CUUGGACACAAAAUGCUGAUGCUGAUAGUCAAUGACGGAAAAAAUCCCGAGCGAGUGUCGGAGGAUGUCAAACGGAAGGUCCUCUCGACAGGACGACUUCUGCAGCAGUCACAGCAACAGGUUGCUGCCCAUGGCUAAGCAGAUUUGAGCGGCACCAACAUACAAGAUGGCGUUUCUCUGGAUAUUGACUUUAUCUGCUGGUCUACUCACUCUGCUACCCACUGCAGAAAGUGAAAAAAUCCGACUGGUGGGUCCGUCCCGUUGUGCGGGCCGAGUGGAGAUCAACCACCAGGACAUAUGGGGGACGGUGUGCGACGACCAUUGGAGCAUGACUAACGCGGAAGUGCUGUGUCGAGAGCUCAACUGUGGCGCCCCCCUGGAGGCCAAGACCAAUGCCUUCUUCGGAGAAGGCACAAAUGAGAUCUGGCUGGACGACGUGGAGUGUACAGGAAGAGAGUCCACCAUCCUGAAGUGUCCUCACAAGCCCCUGGGAGAAAACAACUGUGCUCACGGUGAAGAUGCUGGAGUGGUCUGUUCUGAGCAUGUGAACGUCUUAAACGGAAGCAGCAGGUGCGAUGGCCGAGUGGAGCUCUACCACGGAGGCCACUGGAAGAAAGUGUGUGGCAGCGACUGGGGCAUGAAGGAGGCUGAAGUCCUCUGCAGGGAGGUGAACUGCGGGAUUCCACUCAUGGCCACCAACCAACUGCAGUUUGGACAGGCACAAAAGAUGGAUAACGUAAAAACCACCUGCCAUGGGAAUGAAACAUCACUGGCCCAUUGUGCGAUUCAGGAGCACCUGACAAGCUGUGUGGAUGCUGUCAUCUCAUGUGGAAACAAUAAGCCAAUCCGGCUGGUGAACGGAACAAACCGGUGCUCCGGUCGGGUGGAGCUCCACCACAACGGGGAGUGGGGCACCGUCUGCGACGACAGAUGGGGGUUGAACGAAGCUCAGGUGGCAUGCCGAGAGAUGAACUGCGGCAUCCCUCUGGAAGUGAAGUUCGGCGCCUACUUCGGUCAAGGUCAGGAUCAGGUGUGGAUGGACGACGUGCAGUGCAGCGGUCAGGAGAAGUUUCUGUCGGACUGCACACACCGCUCCUAUGGAAUGCACGACUGUGACCAUCACGAAGACGCCGGCGUUGUUUGCUCAGAGCACCUCCGACUGACCAAUGGCACGGCGCGCUGCAAUGGCAGGUUGGAGCUCUUCCACAAGGACAGUUGGGUGAAAGUAUGCAACAGUAACUGGAACUACAAAAUGGCCAAAAUGGUGUGUGCAGAGAUCCAUUGUGGAAACCCUAAAGAGACAGGUAAAACUAGUCACUACGGCCAAGGCGGACUCAGAGGAUACUUGAGCCGAUGUUCCGGAAAUGUGACGUCCAUCAGUCAGUGUGAGCUGGAGCCGCACUUGGGCUCUUGUGAGGGAGUGUCUCUGUCAUGUGAAGGGACUCCACACAUCCGCCUGGCGAACGGCACGGACCGUUGCUCGGGCCGAGUCGAGAUCAUGCACAAUGGGGUGUGGGGAACUGUGUGUGACGAUCAGUGGGACAUCCGAGACGCUCAGGUGGUCUGCAGGUCUAUGGACUGCGGCUCGGCGCUCACCGCCAAAUACGGGCCUUUUUUCGGCGCGGGAGAAGGUGAAGUCUGGCUGGAUGAUGUGGAGUGUCUUGGCAACGAGACGUCGCUGGAACACUGCCCCAGACCUGAGUUUGGACACAACAACUGCGGGCAUUCAGAAGAUGCUGGGGUGAUCUGUUCUGCAAACAUCCGAUUGCUGAACGGCAGCGACCAAUGCUCCGGCAAGGUGGAGUUCUUCGACGAGAACCAGUGGUGGGCAGCGUCCAGUCGAUCCUGGGGGAUGAAUGAAGCCACAGUGGUGUGUCGAGAGAUGAACUGCGGCGAAGCCAAGUCAACUUCGGGCUCCUUCGGCCGAGGCCCUGAAGUGGGCGGAUACACCAUCACCUGCACCGGCAGAGAGAGCGCUCUGCACCAGUGCUCGCGCCGAGACUUUGUCAGCGGUGGCAUCGAGGAGGCCUCUGUCGUAUGUACAGGUAACGUGAGGCUGGUGGGCGGCCCAAAUGAGUGCGCCGGGAGGGUGGAGUUCUAUGACAAGGGCCAGUGGGGAACCCUGUGUGGAGAGUACUGGGACUUGAGCGAUGCUUUAGUGGUGUGUCGGCAGCUCAACUGCGGGAACCCCCACCAGAUCACCACCGGGCUGGAAUAUGGUCGUGGGUCAGGGAACGCUUGGCUCAAGCAGAUUAUGUGCUCCAACCACGAGUCCUCUCUAGUCCAGUGCCGACAUGAAAAUGUCCCAGGCAGGACCUGCAAUGCCAGCUCCAUUGCUGGCGUCAUCUGCAAAGACAGCUUGGGAGUGCGCUUGUUGGAAACGGGUCGAGACGAGUGCAGAGGUAGGGUGGAGGUCCGUCACGCCGGAGCGUGGCAAGCCGUGUGUGACACAGAGUGGACGCUGAGUAAAGCCCAGACUGUGUGUAACGUCCUGAGCUGUGGAAAUGCUCUGGAAGCUUUGGGAGGCGCGAGCAUCACGUCGGGUGUGGCGGUGGAAGCCUCCGAGGCCUGUUUCCAGAACCAGACUUCUCUCCAGCAUUGCACCAAUACGGGGUACAGCACAGCAGCGUGCGGGCCGGAGCAUGGUGCCACAGUCUCCUGUGCAGCUCCGCUUCGGCUGGCUGAUGGCCCCACUCAGUGCUCAGGCCGGGUGGAGAUCAUGUACAAAGGCCAGUGGGGGACGGUGUGCGACGACCAGUGGGCGCUGAGCGCCGGCGACGUGGUGUGCCGACAGGUGGGCUGCGGCCACGCCGUCGCCGCCCCCAUGAGCGCCCACUUUGGCCAAGGCGAGGGACCGAUAUGGCUGGACGACGUGGAGUGUUCUGGAGAAGAAUCUGCCCUCACUCUCUGCAACCACCCUGGGUUCGGUGAGGACAACUGCGGGCACGGCGAGGACGCCAGCGUCAUCUGUCUCGGUGGCCUACAGAAGCCUCAGAUCUCUGUGAGUCCUGGACUGGAGGUGAACUGGGGCAGCACAGUGGACGUCACCUGUACUUUAAGCACUGAGCAGCAGGGCGGAACAUUCGUCUUGAAGAAGACUCAGGAGCCGACCAAAGAGGGGCUGAAGAAGUUCUCAAGCGCCGACUUUGCUGUGUUCACCUUCAGUAAGGUCAACUUCAACCACACGGGGUCGUACUACUGUGAGUUUCAGAAGAAACUGGACCAACACGUCAUCAACUACCCGCAAGGAAGCCCGGUGGAUCUGGUCGUCCAUGUGAAGCUGGAGAAGCCCAGCAUCUCCCUUACCUCUCCUCACACCAUGGUGAUCUACAGCCCAGAAAAGGUGUCGGUCAACAAAGGCAGCAGCUUCUCCAUCACCUGCUCCAUUUACACCAAAUACCCGGACGGGAGUUUCUACCUAACAAACCUCAAGUCCAAAGUCAACACCAGCGAGGUCAAGCCAGCAUUUGGUCACUCCUUGUUCUAUCUGGCGUACUUCGAGUUCUCCUCAAUCGUGUCCAAAGACGAAGGGUCGUACAGCUGCAUAUACGCUCUCAACAUCUCAUCAAAGGUCUAUUGCUCCCCCCCUUCCAAAUCAAUGGAGGUCACUGUUGUUGAGAGCUCCUCCUCACCCGUGCUGACCAGUGUGUUGGUUGGAGGUGUGCUGUUGGUUCUUCUGCUCAGCGGUGGUUAUCUACUGUGGAGAAGAAGGUGGCGGAACGCAGCUUCAGCGGUUCACUUCAGCAGCAGGAUUGGAGGAGGAAUCAAAACCAGCGCUGACGACAGAGGGAACGGAGCUCUCGAGGACAGCCGCGAGAACGAGCACAAGCAGAGACACGUGGUGGAUGACCAGCUGGCGGAUGUUGAUGGCUCAGCUGAAAGGUCCCCUGAAGACCUGGCUGGUAGAGUGUGCUACGAACUCGAGCCUCUGGUCCUGUCCUGAUUCUCAUGUGAAUCCUUGCUCAUGGGUUUGCCUCUGAUGUGUCAGCCAAGGUCAGAAGUGAUGUCCUCCUGACCCUCCAGCAGUGGGCAACCUAUGUGUUGGACAUUUAGCAGUUCGUUUUUAAAUCAGUGAGCUCAUAAAUUGAAAAUAAAAUUAUUUAAAAUUGGGUAGAAAAUCAAAUGCUUUAUUU